AUGAACACACCUAACGCCUGGAUUGUGACUCCUUCGAUUUGUGAAUAUGAUUUGGAUAACAUUAUUUUAAGCACUGCAUCAGAAGAUGGCGUCUUGAAAGGAACUUAUCAAUUGUCCAACAUCUUACUUGAGGGACAUGCGACUGACACGACGUUAGACGUCCCGCCUCGUGGCCUUGCAGUAGACCUGGGUACACGUGAAGAACCAAAGAUCGUGGAUACAAUCGUGAUGGCCAAUUUCGGGUAUUUGCAACUUAAAGCGAACCCUGGUUUAUGGAUUCUUAGCCCAAAGAGCGGAAGGAGUUCCAAAAUUUUUGAGCUCGUUUCGAUAGGAUUAAGCUCAGUUUCAUUGAGCCAUGAAUCAAACAAAAUAUGGCUCACUUCUAUGACAGGAGCAACUAUUUUCCCCAAAUUCAGAAGGUAUCCUGGCAUGGAGGAUGAGGAUGUUCUUGAUACAUCUGAAGUUUCAACUAUCGCCUCUAAGAUUGGCUCUGGACUGGCAAAAGUUUGGUCCAAGUUUGAUCGUAAAACUACAAACAUUGUAUCAGUCGACGAUAAGUCUCAAGCGGAAAUCAACAUCUUUGCUGUGGCUAGUGGACACCUAUAUGAGAGAUUACUAAGCAUUAUGACAGUAAGUGUAAUGAGGCACACAAAUCACACAGUCAAGUUUUGGUUGAUUGAGAACUUUUUGUCCCCUAGUUUCAAAGAGUUUUUACCCACUCUAUCAUCCAAGUAUGGAUUUGAAUAUGAGCUUAUAACGUACAAAUGGCCACAUUGGCUACGAGGACAAAAGGAGAAGCAAAGAACUAUCUGGGGCUAUAAAAUCCUGUUUUUAGAUACACUGUUCCCACAAACUUUAGAUAAGGUCAUCUUUGUCGACUCUGACCAAAUCAUCAGAACCGAUCUUAAGGAAUUGGUAGAUAUGGAUUUGCAAGGGGCACCUUACGGAUAUACUCCAAUGGGUGACUCCAGAGAAGAGAUGGAAGGGUUCAGAUUCUGGAAACAAGGUUAUUGGAAAAAGUAUCUUAAUGGGCUGCCAUAUCAUAUCAGUGCGCUGUAUGUUGUGGAUCUCAAAAGAUUCAGAGAAAUUGCAGCCGGAGAUAGACUAAGAAAGCAAUACCAGAUGCUUUCAGCUGACCCAGAAUCGUUGGCCAACCUUGAUCAAGAUCUGCCGAACCACAUGCAACGGCAGAUCCCUAUCUUUUCUCUACCUCAAGAUUGGCUGUGGUGUGAGACUUGGUGCUCUGACGAAAGCUUGGCCACUGCAAAGACAAUUGAUCUUUGUAACAAUCCACUUACAAAAGAGCCGAAGCUCGAUCGCGCAAGACGCCAAAUUCCAGAAUGGACUGUGUAUGACAAUGAAAUCGCUGAUUUAGAGAGCGAGUUCAAGCAAAUUAAACACCAGUCUAACCUGGAAGACAAGAUAUUAGACCCUGUAAGCUCGGUUCAGGCUGAAGUUGACAGCAUUGGUCACGAUGACUUGUAA